AUGGUAAGACCGCAUCCUCUUCCCUUUCGAGGGACCUUCCGUGCACUUCAAUGUCAAUCUAGAGCCGGCUGCUGCAGAAGCCUCCCGCUUUCUCCUUCGACGCAGUCACGGCACAUUCAUGCUUCUUUCCCGCGCAAUGCCACCGAGCGGCAUCAGUCCUUCAAAACCCAACUAUAUGAGAGCACGCAACAGCGGUUGAAGCGGGAGCGCGCGGAACAGGAGCGGCAUGCCCAGUACCAAACUCAAUCCCAGGGUGGUCGCUAUGCUGCAUUCUUGUUUGGCUUGACCUUUUUUUCGACGGGAGCCUACUUCCUAGGGUCUGCAAAACCCGCCAGUCUCCCAACUUCAUCAACAACUCCCCUGUCCGAUGUCGAACCAUUGCAACACAACGUCUCUCAAUCAAAUCUCCAGGCCGCUUGGGCCGACUUUGUCGAGAUCCUGGGAAAGCCGAAUGUUUCGACUGAAAAUGGCGACUUGGAAAUGCAUUCGGGGUCGGAUUGGUCUUCAUAUACGCGGAAGGAAGACGAGAAACCUUUCCUGGUUCUCUACCCUUCAACAACCGAGGAAGUCUCCCGCAUCAUGAAGGUUUGCCACCAAAGGGUCAUUCCGGUGACGCCCUACUGCGGAGGCACCAGCUUGGAGGGCCACUUUGCACCCACACGAGGCGGGGUAUGCAUUGAUUUUCGCCGCAUGGAUCGCAUCUUGGAAGUUCAUGAGAAGGACCUUGAUGUUGUAGUGCAACCGGCCCUGGGAUGGGAGGAUUUGAAUGAACAGCUCUCUGCCAACGGCCUAUUCUUCCCGCCUGAUCCUGGCCCCGGUGCCAUGAUUGGCGGCAUGGUGGGCACCGGUUGCUCAGGAACCAAUGCUUACAGAUACGGCACCAUGCGAGAAUGGGUUCUUUCCCUGACUGUUGUGCUCGCGGACGGGGCCGUGAUAAAGACCAAGCAGCGUCCCCGGAAGUCUAGCGCCGGUUACGAUCUCACCAGACUUUUCAUUGGAAGUGAAGGAACCCUUGGGCUUGUGACCGAGGCUACCCUGAAAUUGACUGUCAGACCGAAAAGCCAGAACGUUGCUGUGGCCAGCUUUCCCACCAUCCAAAGCGCAGCUGAGUGCGUCACACGCGUGGUAGAGGAAGGUAUCCCAGUUGCUGGCGUAGAAAUACUGGAUGACGUUCAGAUGAAGUGCAUCAACGACAGCAAGGCGACAAGUCGGCGGUGGAAAGAAUCGCCCACGUUAUUUUUCAAAUUCACGGGAACACCUGUUGGCGUCAAGGAGCAAAUAGGCAUGGUUCAAAAAAUAGUCUCUGGCGCUGCCGGUCGGUCGUUCGAAUUUGCGCGCGGCGAAGAGGAGAUGCAAGAAUUAUGGAGUGCGCGAAAGCAGGCCCUUUGGAGUGUAAUGUCAAUGAGAAGGGGUCCCGAAGAUCAUGUUUGGACGACUGAUGUGGCGGUUCCGAUGAGCAAGUUGCCUGACAUUGUAGAAUCCACCAAACAAGACAUGACUCGAAGUGGCUUGCUGGCAGGCAUCUGUGGCCAUGUCGGAGAUGGCAAUUUUCACGCGAUCAUUCUCUUCAAUGACAGCGAAAGAGCAAAUGCAGAGGCGGUUGUUCACCGAAUGGUGAAACGCGCGGUGGAAUUGGAAGGCACUGUGACGGGAGAGCAUGGCGUCGGCCUCAUCAAACGGGACUACCUUGAACACGAAGUUGGGCAGUCUACUGUUGAUGCAAUGCGGCGGUUAAAAUUGGCCUUUGACCCCCUCUGCCUGCUCAACUGUGACAAGGUCGUUAGGGUGGAGCGUCCAGUCCCCGGGGAAGUUAAAGAAUGGUGA